AUGGCAAAAAAAAAAUCGUAUGGAAGAUCCCACCCGCACGGGAGAGCGGCCACGAUGCCCACGACCCCGUCCCAGCGGUGGAAACCCCCCUGCCGGACGCCCACGCUGCGUAAGCAUAUUACUUAUUUAUGUAACGACGUGCAGGAUCAAGAACAAAGGGAGGCUAUUUGAAUUAUAGGAUCCUGCGCUGUUUUUUCCUGUGGAUAUCAAGGACGCAGAUUAAAUA